AUGUAAAUACAAAUCCCAUAAUAUUAAGUCUUAUCAAAUAUUGGAUGUGGAUCCUAACAUUUAGUAUAUUUAGCCAAAUAAAUUUAAAAUUCAGAAACAUAUGCCAUAAAAAUAGAAAAAAAACCUAGAAUAGGUCAGCUAGAGAAUGAAAUAGAAAUCCUCAAGAGAUUAAAUGGAAUAGAAGGAAUUCCUCAAAUAAAAGAAAUUGGAGUAACAAGAGAGGGAAAGUAAUUUUUUCGUUAUAAUUAAAUUAAGGGUUUUUGUCAUUCUUCCACUCUUUCAUAAAAACUUAUUAGAGUUAAGAAAAUAAAGAAAAUUUUCUAAUUGGUUUAUAAUGAGAAUAGGUUUAAGUAUAAUUGAAAUAUUAGAAUAAUUACAUAAUAAAAAUAUUUUACAUCUGGAUAUAAAACCAGAAAAUAUAAUGAUUUAUAAAGAAUUUGAAAAUGAAUAGGAUAUUUUAAAACCUGGAUUUAUUCAAUUGAUUGAUUUUGGUUUAUCAUAAUAAUAUUAAGAAAAUUCAGAAUCAUUGUAAGAUAUAUUUAUAGGUUCAUUAAAUUUUGCAAGUAGAUCAUCUCAUGAUGGUGCACCACUUGGAUUUAAAGACGAUUUAGAAAGUUUAUUAUAUGUAUUACUUUAUUUAAAAGAUUGUAAUUAAUUAAUAUUUUAUAAAAAUAGUAACAUUGCCAUGGUCUAAUAAAUAAUAUUAAGGAUUUUAUAAUCUGGAUUUCGAAUAAAUCAAGAAAUCAAAGUUUAACUUUUUUAAAACAAUGAUUUUAUAAUAGAAAUCCUCUUAUCAUUUAUCUUAAUUUAUCUCUUACAUUGACUAAUUGAACCAUAAUCUUCUACCAGAUUAUCAAUAUAUCAAAUAAUUGUUUAAAUAGAUGAUCUAAGAAACAAAUCAUUUAUUUUAUUAUUUCAAAUAAGAUUAACAGUAAUCAUUUUGCACUCCUACAUAAAGUUAUGAAGAAGAUUCAGACAUAUAAAAAAUAUCAAAUUAUGAGAACUUUGAUGAAAUACUUUUAGAUCACAAAAGUGAUAGAAGUGAAAAAACGAUUAUUUUGGUUUCAAAUUUAGUUGUAAAGUAUAAUACUCAAUAAAUUAAAUCAAUAAAAGACAUCAAAUAUUGA